AGCACGAAGGCGGGCAACCAAGCGGGAGGUUUAAAAUUAAUCCCGCUUGCUUGUGCGUGGAAACAAUAUUGAGAAUUCUGAUAAAUCUGACGGACACAAAGGGAACAUGUCUAAAGAAAGAAGACACCUCCAGGAGCUGCCUUCCAUGAGUGGGAAUCUGCCAGACUGGACACUGUCCACAUCGCAGGGGGGGAAGAAGGGGGUCCAGUCGGAUAUGGACAAUGAGAACACCCCUCAGGACCUCAUUCACAGCUGGUCCCCUCCUCGCAAACAGCAGAGGAUAAGCCGGGGGAAGGAGAAUGAAGAGGCCGUGUUUGUCUUGGCCAGGAGGCCUUGGAGGAAGAAGGAACAGACAGGGUUCUCCUGGGACAGCCUGCCAGACGAGCUCCUGCUGGGAAUAUUUCACAGCCUCCCUCUGCGGGACCUGCUGCGGGCCUCCCGCGUGUGCAAGCGCUGGCAUCGCCUGGCGUUUGACGAGUCUCUGUGGUUCAGUGUGGACCUGGAGGGCAAGGCCCAGCUGGACCGCGCACUCAGCCAGGUUCUGACCACGGGAGCGGUAGCCCUGCGCUGUCCACGGACCUUCAUAGGACAGCCCUCGUUUCCUGACACAAAGCCCCUGCGUGUCCAGCACUUGGACUUGUCCAACUGCACAGUGAGCAGCGCUGCGCUGGAAGAAAUCCUGAGGCGCUGCUGUCGGCUCCAGAACCUGAGUUUGGAAGGGCUGGGUCUCUCUGAUCACAUCCUUCAAUCGUUAUCCCAGAACCCGGAGCUGGUGCGGCUGAACAUGUCCGGCUGCUCGGCAUUCUCGAGCCAGGCCCUGGGAGAGGUGCUUGAAGGCUGCACAAGGCUUGAAGAGCUGAAUGCCUCCUGGUGUCCUGACUUCAGCAAUGAGCACAUAAAAACCUUGGUCACCGCAAUCCCUGCCAGCGUCACACGACUGAACCUCAGUGGUUACAGGCACAACUUGCAAAUGGACGAUGUGAAAGUCCUGCUGGGAAGGUGUCCGAACCUCACGGACCUGGACCUGAGCGACAGCGUCCUGCUGACGCCCGACGUCUUCCAGUAUUUCCAGCAGCUCCCAGCUCUCCAGCACCUGGCGCUGAGCCGCUGCUAUCAGAUCCACCCGGCUGCGCUGGUCGAGCUGGAGAAGUUCCCUGGCUUGAAGACCCUGGAGGUGUUCGGCAUCGUGCAGGACGCCUACCUGCCCAUCCUGAAGAAGGGCCUCCCACACAUCAAGGUCAACAGCUGCUGCUUCACCGCCAUCAGCCGGCCCACCCCGGCGGGCAGGAGGGACCGGGCCCUGUGGGGUCUCCGCUGCCAGCUGGCCUACAGGCAGCCACCAGGCCUGUAGGGGCAAAGACUGCAGUUCCCGGCGACCGGAGGAGGAGCGAGCGUCCGUGGUGGGCAGGGACCCGAGACCGACUCCCAGAGUAAACUGGGGUGCAUCCUUCUUUCUCACCGGAGAAGUGCCACGUUCGUCUCUUUCAAACGUUCCCCCUGCCCGUGGGGUAGACCAGUGAUGCCCAGCUCCAGCCCCUGACUACCUGAGUAGAGAAAUCCUGUACCCUUUUGGUUCCUGAUGUAAAUGCUUGAAGUGGUGAGAUCAGUCUCAUUUGCCCCGAUGUUUGUACAGCUGACACAUUGUCCCACGUUGUCCCAGACUGCAAGCAUGGAAAGCCUCAGGCAGACACCUUGGUGAAAAUCAGCCACUUGUUACAGCACGUGGACGUGUAACUUUGCAUAACCCAGUGCUCAAGCUCAGGCUGGAAAAUCUCAGUCCCUUUGUUCCCAUUAUGAAUUGUGUUGUUUGCUGUACUGGGUUUGUAAGGAAGAUUGUGAUUUCCCCACUGCUGGACCUGUUGGCUGGGUUAACUAGGGCAGUGGCUCGCUGUCAGAAUGUGGACGGGCAAGUUGGAUUUUGAUGUUUUUCCUUUUUAUUUUAUGCAGGACCAUCAGGAUUACAUAUGGAAGCGCAAAUGGAAAAUGAAUAUAUUUUAGUAUUCCGAAAAAAGAUGUGCUGCCCUUAGUAAAAGGAAACAAGUAGGCUUAUCUAGUGUUUUAAUGUGGAUUAGAUAUAAUUAAGAUGUGUUCUUUUAACUAAGUCCCCUUUAGAGAUCUGUGCAGUGUUUUUUAUACAGGAUUGGUUGAAUGUGCAUCAGCCAGAAAUGCAGCUCAGCCUUUCCCCAAUUUUAUCCAUUUUUCAGCAAUAAACUCCCUUUAACUGUGGCCGAUGUUGCAGUUCAUUGUUUUCCAUGCAGCAGUGCCAUGGCCAGUCUGAAGAAGAGUGAAUCCCAACACUAGGCUGUCUCUCCUCAGCAGGGCAAAAGGCUGUAUUUUGCAAGUAUUUGUAGUACUUGCAAAAUAUACUGUUUUAAGAAUUUUCUCAACCUCCGUAAGUGCGCAUUAAUUAAGAGAGCUCUUGUUCAUUAUUUUGACAGACAAAAAUACUUCCUGAAGUGUUUGGUUCAGAAAUGUCUGGGGUGGCCUUCUGUAUCAAUACCAGAAACUAAAAUUAUUUUAAAAAUUCAGCCACCAUUUAAAAAAAAACAAUUUAAUGCACAAUAAUGUGAUUGCAAAUGAUGAGGAAAAGAAAUUCUGUCUGUCCUUAUGUAUCUCAUGAGCAGGAUUGGGGAGCCCUGUGUAAAAGCAAGAUUGUGAGUUAAAAAAAACCUGCAACAGGCAUACACUACUCCAGUCCUGGAAGGUCAUAUAGUCUGCUGUUAUUAAUUUCACUAAUUGCUUAUGGUUAUUGCAUUAAGUAAACCAAUUAAUCAUUUUUUCCCAGUUCAGUAGGUGUUCAAGAUUUAAAGAGAGCUGUACAUUUUCAUUUGCAGCAUAGUUUCUUAAAACGUCUUACAAAAAUCACUGUUCCCACCCUCUUGUAUUUUGAUGCUGCGUUUUGAAGUGCUGGAGAUAUCAAGUUGAGCUGUGCCCUGGAACCCUUUCCCAGACUAGGUUAGUGUUAGCUGCCAUGCCAAGAAAAGCUGUUGGCUGUGCUGGUUCAUGGGGAGAGUCGUGCAGAGGUCAUUUCUUUAACAACCAGGUUGGCAGAGUUGACCCUGUUUCCACAGCAGUCCCAGGUGAAAUGUUUAGAUUUGGUCAGUUUUUGCGUUCACACUGUUAAAAACAUUUCUGAAAAAAUAAGCCUUUUUGUCAAACCUGCAGUACAACAUCCGUGCUGCCCCAAGGCAGGAGAUUGGUUUAAAGUGCACGCUUGUGUCCUGAGAAGGAUAGAUGUAGUACAUGGUCAAGUUUUACUCUGUUCUACCAACCCUUAGACAUUUUAACCCAAAGAACAAGGUGUACAGCUUUUCUUUUAAAACCAACUUAGAUUAACAGUUACAUUUGUCAUUCGUUUUCUUAAAGACACGCAGUAUUUGUGUGGUUCUACUU